CUUCGACUGAAACGCCAACAUGACCUUUGAGCGAAGCGCUUACCGCCUCCUACCCCCUGACAAAGGACACCCACAAGCGCCCACACUGCUGGUGCUGCUCGUGCUGGUCGCCAACCUCCUCUUCUCCGGGUUCAUUUCGGGCUGGGCGUCCACGCAACUCUUCCUUAUCGACGAAGACCAAUACCACGACCGCUGUGAGAGUACGACGCGCUGCGCUGCGCAAGAGUCGCAGCUCUCACUCAUCUACGGCGUCGCACAGUUUACAACCACACUAAGCUCGUUCCCCGCAGGCCUCUUUCUCGACAAGGCUGGGCCAGUCGCCACCAGUCUUGUAGCCGGCGUGCUCUCGGCUACAGGCUUCGCGCUCAUGGCCGUCUCCGACUCGGUGACGUUCGAUGGCUUCAUCGAAGGCUACUGCCUUAUAGGCGUUGGUGGCACGCUCACGCUGCUCACGUCGUUCCAAGCCGGGUUCGUGCACCUUCCGUGGCAAACGCUCGUCCUCGCCGCGGCCAACUGCCUCUUUGAUGCGAGUGCUGUCAUGCCCUCGGUGCUCUAUGCGCUCCAUACCGCGCUCGGUGCGUCGCGGCAGACGCUGCUUCUGAUCUACGCGGGCCUUGCUCUGGCCGUGUACCCGCUGCUAGCCCUCUGCUGGCACCUCCACCGUGGCAACAAGGAGGUGAACGACGAGAAACGACUACUCGUACCUUCGUGGUCAACACAGCUCGUCUCGCGGUCCUUUGGCUUCCUCGCCGUCUUUGCCAGCGUGCACAACCUGCAGUCGGCUAUCUUUUUUGGCACCAUCAAUCGCAUUCUUGCGGUUGACGGGGAUCGAAGCCUCGUCUACACGCGCGCGUUUGGGUGGGUCCUCCCCGUUGGGUUUCUGGCGGUGCCGCUCUUGCACGCUGUCGUUCGCAAAUAUACGGUGCUCGGUGCGAUGACAAGCACUUCGCUGCUCUGCAUUGCGUACCACGUGCUGCUUCUGCUGCCGUCUCUAGAGCUGCAAGCCAUGACGUUUGUGGUAUUUACGACCUUUCGAGGCUUUCUCUACUCGACGGUCGCUGCCUUUGCUGCCGAUACCUUUGGCGUGGCGAGUCUCGGGUCGCUUCUCGGCGCGCUCUACUCUCUCUGCGCCCUCCUCGCUCUGAGCCAAGUCCCGAUUGUGGUCGCCGCCAACGCAACCCCCGCUGGGCACAACACAUGAACCUCGUCUCGUUGGCUACCGCCGUUAGCAUGCUCGCAGUCAUCGAGUGCUAUCGUCGAUAUCGCUCCGUCCAUCCUGUCAGCACCAAGUCCGAGGACCUUCUUACGUUGCCUUUGCUUUCUACGUGACUUUUUCGACCUUUUCUCGGAACUACAUAUGCGACGAGCCAUGUACUUGAGGCUAUAGGUAGAUGUAUAA